UAUAAUAAAUUGUCAAGUAUUGAUUAUUAUGAUAAAGGAGGAUUUGGUGAAAUUCAUAAAGCUAUCUGGUUAGAUGGACCUAUUUAUAGUUGGAAUUUUAAAAAACAACAAUGGAACAGACAAAUAGAUUAUGAGGUUAUUCUUAAAAUACUUAAUAAUUCAUCAAGUUUAAAUAGUAAAUUUCUGGAUGAGUUAUGCGAAAAAAGGAAGUUUGAGAAAAUGUUUAUCUGAUAUAAUUAAAUUUAAGUGGCAAGAUAAGUUACAAUUAUUGAAAACAAUUAUAUUAGGACUUAAAGUAAUUCAUGAAUCAAAUUUAACUCAUGGCGAUUUUCAUGAUGGUAAUGUCUUAAUGUCAGAUAAUCACAAUGAGUUAUUUAUUAUUGAUUUAGGACUAUGUAAACCUAUAAGUGAUUCUGGUAAUAAGGUUGAUGAAAUUUAUGGAGUUUUACCUUAUAUGGCUCCUGAAAUAUUAAGAAACAAACCCUAUACCCCAGCAAAUUUAAUGAAAAAAUGUUGGGAUUCAAAUCCCUCCAAUAGACCAACCAUAAGAAUGCUUGAAGAUAUUAUAUCUGAAUGGAUUGGAUGUAUUAAUGAAUAUUAUGAAAUAAACAGGGAUGGAGAAUAUAACUUUAUUGUACCUAAUAUUGAUAAACAAUUAAAAGAUGAUAUGUUUGAAUUUGUAGAAGCAAACAAAACUUUAGCACAAGAACAAGCAAAUACUUCUAUUAUGCAAUCUCAUCCACAAGCAUAUUAUACAACUCGCAAAUUUACUGAAAUUUUAGCUCAAGAAAAAUCCGAAAUCAUAGUUCAGGAAAAGUCUGAAAUCUUAGUUCAAGAAAAGUCUGAAUGUUUUGAAUGUAUAAUUGAAAAUCAAUGA